AUGCCGGCGGGUCAGGCGGUGCUUCGCGAUCUCACACGGCGGGAUCUCUUCGCACGUGCGUUCAGGAAGAAGGGCUACAUCCCGUUGACGACGUACCUCCGCACGUACAAGAUCGGAGACUACGUCGACGUCAAGGUUAACGGCGCCGUCCACAAGGGGAUGCCCCACAAGUUCUACCAUGGCCGAACCGGAAAAGUCUGGAACGUUACCAAGCGCGCGAUCGGUGUUGAGAUCAACAAGCAGGUGGGAAAUAGGAUCAUCAGGAAGAGGAUCCAUGUGAGAGUAGAGCAUGUUCAGCCAUCGAGGUGCACCGAGGAUUUCCGCCUGAGGAAGAUAAAGAACGAUAAGCUCAAGGCGGAAGCAAAGGCUCGAGGUGAAGUCAUCAGCACAAAGCGUCAGCCUGAAGGUCCAAAGCCUGGUUUCAUGGUGGAAGGUGCUACCCUUGAGACUGUUACCCCAAUCCCUUACGAUGUUGUCAAUGAUCUCAAGGGCGGUUAUUAGAUUUCCUUUGGUUUCAGUUUGUUGUUGAAACUUUUGCUUGUUUUGAGGUUUUUUGGACAUCUUAAUGAGGGAUUUUAGGUUGAAUAUUGGGUUUCAUUGUUGCUGAUAUAAACGGUGGUUAUUAGAUUUUCCCUUAGCUUCAGUUCUCUUCCUAUGAAUAUUUCUUUGGGUU